UAGAUAUAAUACUUAUUGUAGUGAAGUGAAAAGUUUUUCAAAGAAUUUUGACACCAAAUCUAAACGAGAAUUGAGCGACGUCUAAAAUUUACUAGAACGCUAUAAUGAAAUAACCACGCGUGAAUAAUGGAAAACAGAGACGGCAGCAAACAAUUCAAGGAUGUCGCGAAAGGACUCAACUCACCCGAACUUCGAUCGAAUACAAACAUACCAUUUGCCGACGAGUUUGUUGAGCUUGAUAACGUGAGGAUCGACGAACCAAUGAGACCUAAAAGGUUAAGAGAUCCUGAUAAGGGAGAAGAACUUAACAUAAGAGAAGGUAAAAGAGAAGAUCGAAAGUUACAUGCGUCCGAUUUAGGAGCUGUGCGUACACCGAACAGCGAUACAAUUGUAGUAGAUACUCCAGAAGGAACUCUCUACAUCACGUUAGAUCCAGAAACUUCUAAAUCUAAACCUACUAGUCCUAGUACUUUAUCUACCGAUGUUACUUUAUCACCAUCAUCUCCCAGCACAUCUAGAGCGUUUGGGGCUCAAGAGUCAAAUGAUUUGAUAACGGUAGAGAAAGAUGUAGAGCAUAGAAGAGCAAGUUUAAGAAGGAACUCUAUUUCGAUGCCAACUCUUCAGAAUAUGGAGUUGCUGAGACAAGAAUACUUGAGGAAUACGCAAGAUGGGAUCCCCGAGCACCACCAGAGCUCUGCAUCCGUGUUCAGCGAUGGCGACAACACCGCUGACGAUGGCAACGUCCUCUCCGAUGAAGAGCAAACCAAAGUACCACUCAGAUCCCCUCGCCGGAAGUCAACCGCCCCGCGCCGUUUCCGGUCGGAGUUCAGCAUGGACGACGACGAGUACUCGCCCAGCAAUUCUGUCACGAGCGUUAACUCGCUGGCCAGUCUGCUGAAGGAGAAACUACAAAGUAUUCCACAUAAGAUAAGAAAGAAACCCACCGACUACAAGCUGCGUGCGUUCGUGGGCCUCAUGUUCCUCGCCGUGGCGUUUUUCGUGGGGUUCGCCUACGUGCUGUACCACCAGCAGGCCCUCACCAAGGCCUACUUCGAGAGGGUCCAGUUCAACGAGCCCAAGAGGCUGAUCAGGGUCUUCAACAAGGAUGAUGUGGAGAUCUUGAAGGCUACUUUAGCGGUUGGUCUGCAAGGAGGUCAGAAAGCGUUCCCGUGUCUAUCCGAACACCGUCUCACGGACGGGUCAGAAUGUAUGGAGUGGCUGCACAACCUACGGCUCUAUCUCAAAUGUCUACCUCACGAUCCUGGAGUUGAUAAUACCACCUGCUACUCGGUGCAUUGGAAGGCCUUGCGGCAUGAUGUUUCACCAAACGAUUGUUUCGACUGGAGUGAUACCAAAGUUCACUGGUUUGGUGCAGGGCAAUCUGUUAAUCUAACCUGGCCACUGGACACAGGAUCCAUAGACUAUACACCGUUUAUAACAGGAGACAUGCAGAAAUCGCAAUGGGGUAAUGUCGUCACCCGUUAUCUUAUCAAUUCGAAAGGAGCUGCCAUCAUAAUUGACGAGGAAACACCGCUACAUAUAUCUGUUAACAGAGAAAAGAGAGAAAUUUGUUUGAAGGCUCAAUACGAUGACUUCGCUUUUGCUAAUCGACUCACAGAAUUCCCCGAACUAAGAUACAAUAUUUGCACUUCAAGGGAUAUAAGGUCUUUGCAUUCUUCAAUUCAUAGUCACAGACGAGCUCCGCUUUGGGAUGGUUUGAAACCAGCUGAUAUGAAAACAUUGGAAUCCCUGAUAUCAGAACCAGUAUGGCAAAUAGCGCCUCGCUUUAAACACGAACUACAAGACGCCACCAUAUCUAAAUACACAGACGAUGUUAUCAACCUGGGAUUUCUUAAACAAGGUCAUGUGUUAAUCAACGAGUUUUGGCAAAAUGAAAUUGGUGAUUUGAGCGUCGAUACAGCAAGAUUUGAAACGCUAAACGAAACCGUGGAUAAGCUCCACAGGCGAGGUUUCAAGGUCGCGUUUACGAUACAACCUUUCAUUAGUACUGAGAGUAAAAACUUCGCUGAAACCGUCCAGAAGAGACUGUUGAUCAACGAAAGGAAUGGCGAUAGAAGAAUACCAGCUUUAACCAGGUUUAAAUCACUAGCGAGCGCUGGAGUUCUAGAUAUCACCAACAACAGAUCAAUACCCUGGAUAUUAGAUAAACUUCAGGCAGUUAUGGACGUUUAUCACAUAGAUUCAUUUUACUUCGAUCUCGGUACUGCAUACGAUAUGCCUCAUUACUAUAGAUGCGAGAAGCCGUUAAUUAAUCCAGAUCAAUACAAAACUGUUUUCACGAAAACCUUCGAGAAAACUCUUAAUAUUAUAGGCGUGUCUUCAGCGGUUAGUUUGCCUCGGCCGCCAAUAUUCAUUUCUCUGCCACCACUUGAGUCAACGUGGGAAGCUUUAAGAUUAGUAAUACCCACAAUGUUGACGUACGGUAUAAGCGGGUUCCCAUUCGCAAUGCCUGGAGCUGUGGGUGGUGACAUAUACUGGCCUGGCAGCGAGCAGUUCCUGCCUUCAUCCAAAGGUUCAAUGGACUCGAAUUCAAACAAGACUACCCAAGAGAAUGGUAUAGAGUUGCCGGAGAGAGAGCUGUAUAUGCGGUGGCUGCAAAUGGCUACCUUCAUGCCGGUCAUGAAGUUCACGCACCUCCCGAGUAAAUACAAUGAUGAACGGGUGCUGGAGAUGGCGAAGAAUUUGACACUGCUGAGACAAAAACUAGUUACACCUCUAUUACUGAAAUACAAGAGAGAAGCAUUAGAAGAGGGUCUACCACUCAUCAGGCCGCUCUGGCUGGUGGCAGACGUCGACGUGGCUCUUCCGGUGCAGGACGAGUUUGCGAUAGGGGACGAAAUCGUCGUGGCGCCCGUACUGCAUAAGGGGGAGACAACUAGAGAAGUGUAUCUACCAGCGGGAUUGUGGCAGGACGGCAUCGACGGUUCCCUGCGCAAAGGCAACCGCUGGAUGCACGAGUACAAAGUGCCCGUCGACCGCGUCGCCUACUUCCUCCGGAAGCCAGAUGACUUAAGAUUCAAAUAAUAUGUGUGGAACUAAGUGUGGCACAUACUGGGCCAGUAAUGUAAGAUAACCAGUAAUAUGAGUAUAGAAACAUAUCUCGGUCAGGAUAUUAGCUAAACGUCUCGUAUUUUGUUUAGUAACAAGUCAGCCUUGACUAAACCCUAGGGUACUUCUAUGAAGUGGGAGGGGACGAUGCGAUUAUGACGUAGUGUUUGAAGCAUACGAGUGCAACGUGUAACCGAAUUACGAAAUAAUGUUGAAGGUUGCAUAUAUAUUGCAUAAGGAAAUAUAUUGCAUAUAUAUUGCAUAUAUAUUGCAAAAGAAGCAUAUUUAUUUUUUCCAUACAAACUAUUUCAAAACGUUGUAAAUGUUUACUUACGACAACCCUAUCUGAGAUAAAAGACUGAGACACGCAUAGUAUCUACGUUACGCGAAGGGUACCUAAUAAAGUGACGAUGAUGAAGUA